AUGCGCUUUGCACUGCUGUUGUCCUCGCUGGCCAUCGCCGCCGCCAUUGACAUUGAUUCGCUCGCGGACGACGUCAACAGCCGCCUUGAGGCCGGCGAUGAGGACGGCGUUGAGGUCGUGAUCGAUGAGCACGUGCGCGCCUCGCUUCUCGAGUCGGCCAAGAUCACGCGCCCGCCGCUGAGCGUUCGCCAAGUCGGCAAGGACCUCGCGUACCGUGUGCUCCAAGUGCCCGACAUGCACUACACCAACUACGACUACUACAUUUGCAACGGAAAGCCCGACUCGCACAAGGGCGCCUGCUAUGAAAAGCACAUGACAGAAAUGAUGAACACGAUGCUCGACAGCGUCAAGCCCGACUUUGUCGUGUUUACCGGCGACCAAAUUGAGUCGCUCAUCUGGCCCAUGUCGUCGACCAACGCACUCAAAGCCAUCGACACGUACUCGGCGGCCGUGAAUACGCGCAAGAUCCCUUGGGCCAUGGUUUUUGGCAACCACGACGAGAGCUACACGCCGGCGCUGCUCUCCAACAAAAAGGUCAUGAUGGCCUACAUCGAGUCGCUUCCAUACUCGUACGCCAAGUAUGGACCAACAGACAUUGGUGGUGUCGGCAACUACGAUGUCGCCGUCCAGUCGCCGACGACCAACGCGACGGCUCUGCGCAUGUACUUCUUGGAUACAGGCAAGGACGGGACGGUCUCGGAGGGUCAGAAGACCCACAUGAAGUCGCUCGCCGCUGCCCACAAGAGCGAGAAGGCACCGGCACUCAUGUUCUUCCACAUCCCGAUCGAAGAGUACAAGGCGUUCAACGGCACGGGCCAGGGCGGUCGCGGCGACCCCGUAAGCGCGGCCAAGACCAACAGCCACCUCUUCGACACGAUGGUCGAGAUGGGCGAUGUCAAGGCAUCGUUCUGCGGCCACGACCACUACAAUGACUUUUGCUUUUACAAGAGCCCCCUCCACCUCUGCUAUGGCGGCGCAACCGGCUACGGCGCGGCAUACGGCAAGGGCAGCUACUCGCGCCGCGUGCGCGUCAUCGACUGGAAGGUCUCGGGUGGCGUCGAGAGUAUCUCGACGUGGCAGUAUUUCCACGAAGCGACCAACUCGUACCAGCAGUACGGACUCUUUCAGCGCACCGCGCCUCAGUAA